AUCGGAUUCUGGAAGGAGAAGACGCUUGGAAGCUGAGGAUUAAAUGCUGAGGUCGUGAUGACGUCACCGUCCUCUGGAGAAGAAGUGACCCAUGACCUCGGUACUGACCCCUCAUUGUCCCCUACCCUUCCCCUCGGGAGGGACAAAUGGAGGAAGAAGGCAGACUUCCUGCUGUCCGUCAUCGGAUUUGCCGUUGAUCUCGGAAAUGUCUGGAGGUUCCCUUACAUCUGCUACCAGAAUGGAGGGGGGGCCUUCCUGCUUCCUUACGCAUUGAUGGCAGUCUUUGGGGGGGUCCCCUUGUUCUUCAUGGAGCUCUCCUUGGGACAAUUCCACCGACUGGGGGCCAUCCCUAUCUGGAAACACAUCUGCCCUAUCUUCAAAGGAAUCGGCUUUGCCAUCUGUGUGAUCAACCUCUACGUCUCCUUCUACUACAACACCAUAAUCGCCUGGGCCUUGUUCUACUUCUAUUCCUCUUUCACUUUGACCCUCCCAUGGGCCCAGUGCGGACAGCCCUGGAACACUCCGGAUUGCACCACUUACAAUGACACCUGGGGAAACGCCUCCAAGUCCCCCGCUGAGGAGUUCUACACGCGGAAGGUCCUUGCCCUCCAAGGUUCCGAUGGCCUUGAUGAUGUGGGUGAGAUCCGUUGGCAGCUCCUCCUCUGCCUCUUCCUCAUCUUCACCAUUGUCUACUUCAGCCUUUGGAAGGGGGUCAAGACCUCCGGGAAGGUGGUUUGGGUGACGGCUACCUUCCCAUAUGUCGUUUUGCUCAUCCUCUUGAUUCGCGGCGCUACUCUUCCAGGAGCCUGGCGAGGAAUCAUCUUCUACUUGAAGCCCAACUGGGAGAAGCUCACUAGCACUGCCGUUUGGGUUGAUGCUGCAGCCCAGAUUUUCUUCUCUUUGGGUCCUGGAUUUGGAGUCCUCCUCGCUUUGGCCAGCUAUAACCCUUUCCACAAUAACUGUUAUCGUGACGCCAUUGUCACCAGUUUGGUCAACUGCCUCACCAGUUUCCUCUCCGGCUUCGUCAUCUUUACUGUUUUGGGAUACAUGGCCGAGAUGAGAGACGUGGAAGUGGAGGAUGUGGCAAAGGACAAAGGUCCCAGCCUCCUCUUCAUUACUUACCCAGAAGCCAUUGCCACUAUGGUCGGAUCAACCUUCUUCGCCAUCAUCUUCUUCUUCAUGAUGAUCACCUUGGGACUGGAUAGUACGUUUGGGGGCCUGGAGGCCGUGAUUACCGCCAUCAUGGAUGAAUAUCCCAAGACGCUGGGCAAGCAAAGGGAGGUCUUCGUCCUUGGACUCAUCAUCACCUCCUUCUUGGGGGCUCUGGCUACACUUACCAAUGGAGGGUCGUAUGUAGUGAAACUCUUGGAAGAGUUCGGAGCUGGAUGCUCCAUUUUAGCCAUCGUCUUCCUGGAAGCCAUUGCCGUCUCCUGGUUCUACGGCAUCCAGCAAUUCUGCAAAGAUGUGAAAUCUAUGCUGGGAUUUACUCCGGGUAUUUUUUGGCAGGUUUGCUGGGUUGCCAUUAGCCCAGCUUUCCUUGCGUUCAUCAUCAUCAGUUCCUUCUUGGAUCAGCCGCCUUUGACACUGUUCGAUUAUCAAUAUCCUGAUUGGAGUGUCUCCGUCGGGUAUCUCAUAAGUGCUUCCUCCUUCAUUUGCAUACCAAUUUACAUGGGAUAUAAAUUAAUCUGGACACCAGGAUCCCUGAAACAGCGCCUCGCCGUGUGCUUUCGGCCAGAGAAGGAGUCCCGAGAGCCGACCAUAGAGUUUGGAAGACUUCCUGUGGGCCCGUAACCCCACUUCCUGUCUGCUUGCUCCAGCUGGGAAUCAUCAUAAAGUUGAAGGACCAAGCCAACUGUGCCCUUUUAGGCAACUCUAUGGCAGCUCACUUCCUGCCAUCAGCUUCUAAGCAAAUCCAAGUCACAGAAUGUAAUUUUUAAAACCUGUUAGUUACUUUUGAAGCUUAGUUACUUCCAUUACUGUUUUGAAUGUAACUAAGUUACUCAAGGAACUGAAAUCAAGUAACUAAGUUAUAAAAUGAACUAAAUUACAGUAGUAACUAACUUAUGAAAGUAACUAAGAUACAAGUAACUGAAAUGGAACUAAAUUAUGGAAGCAACUAAUUUAUGAAAAGAACAAAAUUAUGAGUAACUGAAAUACAACUAAAUUAUGGAAGUAACUAUAAGUAACCAAAUGCAACCAAGUUAAAGAGUAACUAAAAUGAAAACUGAAAUGGGACUAAGUUAUGAAAAUAGCUAAGUUAUAUAAGUAACUGAAAAUUAUGUAAAAAACUUAUGUAAAUGGAACCUAUAUAACUUCAGUUAUGUAAGUUACAUACAUAACUGAAAUGGAACUAAAUUAUGAGAGUAACUGUAACACAAGUAACUAAAUGCAACAAAGUUGAACAGUACCUAAACCGAAAAAGACCUAAGUGAUGAAAGUAACUGUAAUACAAGUAAUUAAGUUACACAAUAACUAAACCAAAAUAGAACUAAGUUAUGUAAGUAACUGAAAUGGUACUGAGGCACAAAAGUAACUAAGUUAUAUGAUUAGCUGAAAUAGAUCUAAAUUAU